CACACGCACACACACACGCGCGCACACGAUCACCGCAGGCUCAGCUUGCAUUUCAAGCUCCUUCACGGAUCGAGAGGACCGAAGAGCUCGUCUGCCUGUUUCUUGAGACUUUUGGGGAGGUGGGGGGUGGCAGCAUGGCGGCAGACUCUAGCGCCCAGUGUAGGGUGCUCUUCCAGACCACCGACAAGGCAGAAGAGGAGCCCUCUCAGCGUAAACUCGGCAAACUCACCGUCAAAUACAACCGCAAGGACCUCCAGAGGAGGCUGGACAUCGAGGAGUGGAUCGACGGUCAGCUGCACCUGCUGUAUGACUGCGAGGAGGAGGAGAUUCCAGAAUUAGAAAUUGACAUUGAUGAGCUGCUGGAGCUGUCUGACCAGGACCAAAGAAGCAAACUCCAGGACCUUCUGCAGGAAUGCUGUAAACCUAAAGAGGAAUUUAUUAAUGGACUUCUAUAUCGGAUAAAAGGGCUCCGAAAGAUGUCGAUCCCACAACGCAAGUGAAAGGAGAUCUGUUUUCAUAAGGUUGGGAUUUUAUUGAGAUAAAGGAGGCCUGAGCGACACUAUAGGGUUAAAACGACUGCAGUGAAGAAUUAAACCUCAAGAUGGGUCAAAACUGAACUGAGCUGGAGGAACUUGUGGACAGCUGCUGGAAACUAUUUAUACACUUUUUUUUUGUUUAGUGAUCAAAUUUGGUAAAAAAAAAAUAUAUAUAUAUGGAAAACUUCCUCGAUCGCUUUAUAUCUGUGCGCCUCCCCGUGAUUCAUGUAUAAUAACGUCACACAGUCGGACGCGGUGUUGUAUUUGCUUUGUCUCUUUGCUGCAGACCUCUGUGUGUGUGUCGCUCUCUUUGUGUCUUAACGCCCGCUGACUCCAAGCGGAAGAAACAAAGCAGAAAAAUGUCUUCCAAGUGUAUUACCUGCAUGGGGUAGCAGUGAAGGCCUAUGCAGGUUUCUUUUCCUGGAAGGUAGAUGGAAAUGUCAAAAGUAAUGAUUUAGGAUUAAGGGGAGGAAUAAAGAGAGAGUCUUUUCAUAGUAAACAGAGCUAAAUAAAAUUCUAUGAAAUGAAACGUC